AUGCAGUCUCGGCCUGUGGCAAUCGCUCCUGCAUCAAUACAGACCUUACCAGAACAUACUAGCCCUAUGCCUUAUAACUGUCAGCCCUGUGUACGCCGGAAGAUCAAAUGCGACAGGUCUAUCCCAUCAUGCUCGAGUUGUCUAAAAGGCAAGUUCGACUGCUUUUACAAGGCACCCCCACCGCCACGGAAGCGCAAGCGACCGGAGAGUGAGGAUGUGCAUGAGCGCUUGGCAAGGUACGAGCGCAUGCUCCAGGACAAUGGCCUCCUUUCCAUAACUGAGGCACGGUCGCCGUCUUCUAAAGAAAACACCGAGCGCGUACAUAAGUCAAGCCCUCUCCGUCAGUCCCAGCUGGACAUAACACAGACCGGGAAGCUAGUUACUGAGGAGGGCAAAUCACGAUACAUCGAUAGCCGUGUCUGGCUCGAUGUUGCGGAAGUAAGCAUGCAAGAGCUAUCCGACAACGAAGGAGAUGACCAACCUGCUCACAUGGGUACCAACCUCUGGCUAGGCGAUCCGCUUUCUGGGGCCCUGCUGGGAGUCUCUCAAAGCCUCAUAGGCUACCAUCCUUGCCACCAGGAUGCUAUGAAGCUUUGGACCAUCUAUGUGCAGAACGUCGAGACUCUCUGCAAGGUCUUACACAUUCCAACCACCACAGCGAUGCUUGAAGUCGUCUCACAAGAGCCCAAUAUAGCAUCGCGAUCCCAAGACUGUCUUCUUUUCGCCAUUUACCAUUUCGCGGUAUAUUCAAUUAGCGAUGACCACUGCCUCCGUGAAUUUGCGGAGCCCCGGUCUGUGUUGAUGUCCAAGUAUCAACAUGCCACUCGGCAAGCGCUGAUCAAUGCAUCUUGGCUAAAGACGACCGAGUUACCGGUAUUACAGGCUUUUGUGCUGUUCCUGAUAGCGAUGCGCCCUCAAACGGAUCCACAUACAUUUUGGAUCUGGACGGGCGUUGCUGUCCGUAUCGCGCAGCGUAUGGGACUCCACCGCGACGGGGAGAGCCUCGGAUUACCCCCAUUUGAUGUCCAAAUGCGAAGACGGCUCUUUUGGCAGCUUCUUCCCCUUGACGGCUACGCCGGUCAGGUUUCGGGUACUGGCAUCUCCAUCACUCCUGGUGACUGGGAUACGAAGCAGCCACUGAACGUGAACGAUGAUCAGAUAUACCCUGGCAUGAGGCAGCGGCCCGAGGAACAAAAAGGAGCGUCGGAAAUGAUGUUCUGUCUUACGAAGGCAAAGCUAUCCGAAUUUUAUACCAGAACAGCAGUGAAGAUGAAUACCGUGGGCGCAAAAGGUCCACCACACGACAACACCGAGUUGGAGAAGCUGAUUGAUAAACUUGAAAGUGACAUCGAGACUAGGUACCUUCGGUACUGUGAUAUCAUAAACCCCGUACACCUCCUCACACUUGGGAUUGUGAGAUCUGCUGUGAAUAUGGUACGACUGCGCAGCCGCAUGCCAUCUCUGGCGAGUCAGGAUAUUGACGAUAAUCAACGACGAGAGCUUUGUGCUCUUGCGCAGAAGAUUCUGGACACUGAUAAUGCGCUUUACGAUAAUCCGAAUUUAAGGAAGUUUCAAUGGCACAUUAAGACAUUUUUCGUGUGGGAUGCGAUGAUCUGUGUUUUGACUAGCCUGUCCAAGAGUGGGCUACUUUCACUUCCAGAGCAGGACGCAAUAUGGGGUAAGAUUGCCGUUACCUACAAAAACCACCCAGAGAUACUUGAGGAGAAAGGAAGACUGCACGUUGCAGCUGGGAAGGUAACACUUAAGGCCUGGAUAGCAAACCCACCCAGCAAUUCUACACCUGAACCUUGCUUCAUCAGCACGCUGCGGUCGCGACGGAAGAACAGAGCACCUGGACGUACAAGCAAGCCGGAUGAUAUUACGAAGCAUGAAGAAACCGUGGAGUACAGAUAUUCACUCGAUACAUUGUUUGAUAGUCCGGAUGGAGUCGAUCUGUACUUUAAUGGUUGUCUCAAUUAUGGUGCAGCAGAAUGGAUGUUUUGGGACCAACUGUAA